AUGACCCUUGCUUUGCGGUAUGUUGACAAAAAAGGCCAAGUGAACGAGCCAUUUAUUAGUCUUGUUCGUGUUAGUGAUACAUCUGCAAAGUCGUUGAAAGAUGCAGUACUUUCUUUGCUAAUGAAACACUCAUUAAGUCCAUCCAAAAUACGUGGACAAGGCUAUGAUGGGGCUAGUAAUAUGCAGGGAAAGAUGAAUGACCUUAAAGCUUUAAUUUUGCAAGAAACUCCAUGGGCAUAUUCUGUUCAUUGUUUUGCACAUAAAUUACAAUUGACGAUUGUAGCUGUUGCUAAAAAACACAAGGAGGUUGAGACUUUCUUUGCUAUUGUUACUAACGUGUUGAAUAUAAUUGGAGCUUCUUUUAAGCGUAGAGAUCAACUUCGGGAUCAUCAAGCAGAAUUGUUGGAGCAAUUGUUAGAGAGUGGUGAAGUUCAAAGUGGCGAAGGAUUAAAUCAAGAGCGGGGGCUUCAAAGGCCAGGUGACACUCGUUGGGGAUCACAUUGUAAAACAUUGGAUAACUUUGUUAUUUUAUUUUCUUCUAUUGUUCAUGUGCUAGGGGUGAUUGAAUGUGAAGGUGAUGUUAAUGAUAGGUUGCAAGCAGAAGUUUUUUCUAGUUAA